AUGGGCCAGCGGAACAAAGUCCUAGAGACCGAUACUCCUACUGCAAAAUUCCUUUACACAAUCAUCAAGCAAUUGGACCUGAAGUCGAUCGAUUGGAAUCGGGUAGCCUCCGAUGUCGAAGUCUCCAAUGGUCAUGCUGCUCGUAUGCGGUAUUCCCGCUUCCGACAACAGAUGGAAGGAACCACCGGAGCAAACAAACCAAAGCGAAAGAGCAAGAAGGCAAAGACCAUGGAACCCCCUCCUGAGAUGCAAGGACUAUUCCCAAUGGCUCCACCGCUCAUGAUACCAACUAUGGAAUCGAUCAAUUCUUCUCUUCCAGGGAACCCCUUUGUAAAGAGCGAGCCGGGCACUGAAGGUAACCCAAACUUACAGAGCCUUACGCAACAUUCUCCGCAGUUCAUGUCGGAGACUAGCACCGAAGGACAGUAUUAUUUCCCUCAAGAUUUCGCCUCAAUGCGGUUCCAACUGGCGUCAAGCAUACCGUCUAGGAUACCAUCGCUCAGUCCAACAUCAUCAUCCUCCUUCAUGGAUCCAUACCAGUUUCCGACAACGUCGGCCAGUUACCCUUAUUCAUCAGCCAGCACUCAAUCCGGCUUUGACUUGCGGGAGUUUGACCAACUGCCUUAUUUCGCCAAUUAUGCCCCAUGCAUUAGCUGGGAACCACACCCUCCUUCUCGCCAGGAACACCCGACUGUAAAAGUCGAAGAAGAACAGCAGACUGAAGAGGGGAUACUGAGUGCAGGGAGUCAGGAAGAUCAGCCUGCUGUUAUCAAAGUUGAAAAUAUUCAAGAUUGA